UUCCGGGGGAGAGGUAACCAUGGCGGCGGCUUUAGCUCGGCUGGGACUGCGGCCGGUCAAGCUGAUUCGAGUUCAGUUCUGCCCGUUUGAGAAGAACGCGGAAUCGACAAGGACCUUUCUCCAGGCGGUAAGCAGCGAGAAAGUCCGCGCCACAAACCUCAACUGCUCGGUGAUCGCCGACGUGAGGCACGACGGCUCCGAGCCCUGCGUGGACGUGGUAUUCGGAGACGGACAUCGGCUGAUUAUGCGCAGCGCCCACCUCACUGCUCAGGAAAUGUUCACUGCCUUCGCCUCCCACAUUCGGGCCAGGAACGCAGCGGCAGCAUCCGCACCCAGCACAGACAAGCCGGGUUCAGUUACUGGUACCCAGCGCUGACAUUGCAGACGAGGACAACGACCAAAUGUUAACUUGGAAUUAGAGAGUGUUGUCUAAGAAGAGCAGGACUUAAUCACUCAAAAGGCUCCAUGGACGUCAGGAAACAGACUGACAGUGUGCAAGGAACCCUGACACUUAACAGUGCUUUGGGGGCAAGAUAAGAUUAGGUGAUGGAGGGUCAGAACAAAUUUGAAUUUUUCUUUCUCUUCCCUCACUGCUUAACCAUAUUUGAACUUGGCGUCAUCUGUCACCCAAGUACUGCUUAAUUAAAUAUUUAUUGCCAAAUGAA